AUUGAUAGAUGUCGCUGGGAUUAACUUUCUACGAGUGGAAAUGAAAAAAUUCUUCAAGUUACCUGCAAAAGGAAAUUGUUGUAGAUUUUAAGACAACAAACGAAUUAUUGGAAAAAGUGAAGUGUAAAACUCAUCACCUAGAAUUUCUUUGAAAUUGAAAUGUUUCGUAAACGUUUAGUUUUAUAAAGCGAGCGACAUGCUGUCUAUAUGACCACAGGGCGGAUUAAUCGGAAUGCAUUACAAAGAAAACACGAUGAGAUUCAAGGUUUUUACCGAGUUCUUUUUGUGCUGAAAUUUUUUGUUAACAAAGAAGUACUAAAAAAGAAAAAGUAUAAAGGAAAAUAAUUUUGUUGAUUAAACACCAAAUAAAUAAUCUCCAAAUCUUUGAGAUGCGAAUACCAAUAGCAAAUAUAUAAAGCUAACAACAAAAACAACAACAACGAAACUGAAUUUUGCAGCACAGCUUAAAAAAUAUAGAAACAUAAACAAACGGAUAUAUUCAAUAAAUAAACUAAGGAGGUUUGAAGGAAUUCUCACAAACGCCAACAUGAAGUACUUUUCUGCAGAAAGUAGUGGUAUUAGCAUCAACCCAAAGGUAGAUGACUAUUCUAGAAAUAGCCCCGUAGCCUUUAGCGAGCAAGUGACUACUGUAAUAAACUUCUUCGAAGGCUGGAAUCAUUGUGAACGAACUGUUGUUUUAUAUGCUCUACUGAAACGCCUAAGAUAUCAUAAUAUGAAGUUCUUGCAACAUGCUAUUGAUCACGUUCUGACACAACGCUUAAACUCAGAAAAUAAUCUUAGUAGCGUACUCAUUGACUUGAAUGCGAAUAAUCCUUCGUAUUUGAAAAAACUUUUAAACGCCUAUAAGACGUUGCACAUGAAUGACGCCGCUGAUGCUCUGAGUUCGGUAUCAUCAGACAAGGAAUCCAUGCAAAGUUUUGGAUCUGAUUUUCAAAUCACCAACUGCGAUGAACAAAAAUUAUAUGACAAAAAGAAAGAACUAUUGAUUGAGGUACUAAACAUGUUGCCGCUUUUAAAACCAGGAAAUGACGAAGCUAAACUAGUAUAUUUAGCAUUAAUUCCCGCAACAGUUAGAGACACUAUGCAGAAUCGUGUACCUACCGAAUUGGUCCAGCAAAUUUUCUCCUAUUUACUUAUUCAUCCAGCUAUAAGCAGUGAAGAUCGAAGAUCACUAAAUGUUUGGUUACGACAUCUGGAGGAUUAUAUGCAUGCGAAUGAGAAAUUGUCGGAUCCCAAACUGGCCAAUAACAGCAGCAACUUAAGUCAAAGUAUAGGUGUAGGCUCUGAUGCGUCUGUUUCGUCAGUAUCGUCACUUACAUCGACUUCAUCCAUGUCAAACAACUCCAUGUCAUCGGGCAGCUCAGCACCCGGGGUGGGAACAAAACCUCAACAAAAGCAACGAAAUGUUGAUUGGCAAACCAUUGCUCCACCAAGCAAACAAUAUAAUCCACCACCGCCAAAUGCUCUUCCAAAACUAAACCCACUGCCCGACUGGACCAACUUCAUACCGAAGGAUACCACAUUUUCUAACAGUGGCAUAAAAAAUAUAACAGAAGUAAGCCUCAACAGUAGUGGCAGCAGUUGUAAUCGACGAAACAGUAGCAUUACUGACCAACACUGUGAUAAUUUCAAUGGUAUUAAUCUAAACGAAUUAGGAUCUAGUCAAAAUAAAUUGGGCUUGUCUCUGGGUAUUGCUAAAAUCGGUGAUGCGACUACAGAAGAAUCGUCUUUGGUUAAUGGUGUAGCUGCAGUAGCUGGCACGAGUAGUGGUACUAGUUUGGAAAUUUUCUUUAAUAAACAAAAUAAACCAAAUGUAAAUAUUAUAGGAAGUAAGAGUCAGAUUGAUGCCAAUACAUACAACAGCAAUAGUAAUAAUAGUAGCUCCAGUAAUGACGAACAUGAUACAUCAUUUUCAAAGAACGGCACAGAAAUUAUUGAUUUUGAGCCACAAAUAAGAAUCAGCGUCGACGCAGGUUGUACAAAUGAGUCUUCUGCAACUUCUGUUAAUAACGAACAGAAUGAGAAGCCGACUUACCCAACAAUGCUGAUGAGCAAUUACGAGCAAACAGAUAUGGCGCGUUGGAGUUUAGAUGGUAAAUUUGCUUCAUUGAAAACUCGACGAUCAAACAGUCUUACAACACAAGCUAUAUCCACACCGUCUACGUCCUCGAAUUCGUCGGUGAUAACGGUCAAUGACAAUUGUUCAAAUUCAAAUGAAAAUCUAUCCCAAUUCGCAAAUAAACCGCGUAGCUUUUCGUUUUCCAUCGAACACCAACGUGGGGUUCUAGCCAAUAGCGGUUCGGAUACACGUCUAGAUGAGUUGAAGCCCAAUUACAUAAAAUUCCAAACACGAAAUGUGGGCAUGUCAAAUAUUGGAUUGUGGCUGAAAUCCUUGCGCUUGCAUAAGUACAUUGAUCUUUUUAAGGAUAUGACAUAUGAAGAUAUGCUUUGCAUCACAGAGGAAUACUUGCAAGGCUUGGGUGUGACCAAAGGAGCCUCGCAUAAGUUGGCUUUGUGUAUAGAGAAGCUAAAAGAUCGUUCGAAUCAGCUAAGUAAGCUAGAAGAAGAUUUGCUGAAUGGGCACACACAAAUUCAAAGUGUUGUGGAAAUUUUAACCAACAUGGUACUAACACCAAUGAAGCCUGUAGAUGCAGUUGGUAGCGAUGCCAAUGAAAAUAAUGUAGCGCUUAAGUUUUUGAAAGUUGUGGAUCUAGUGGGUUCGGCAGUUCAACGUGACAGCUGCAUGCCGCAAGAUGAGGAAAAUAUUGGUAUGCUUAUGUGGGUUCUUGACCGCUCAAUACACAACGAGGCUUUUGUCAACCAUUCAAGUCAACUGAAGGAAUUGAAAUUUAAAUUGUCGAAGCUUAAAAUAUCUAUUGGGCACAAAGCGCACCAUGUCAAAAAUGGCAGCGCAGGAAAUUUAAACAAAUCCAGAUGGGCUGGUAAAAACCGUAAAUGUGAUAUGAAGAAUGGCAGCAAUGAUCGUAUUAAUCAUAGAAAAAAUUCAAAUGACACGCUUAGUUUUCCUACCGGUGGCGUUUCACAAAAUCAACAACAACAUCAUCACAGUAAUCAUACACAUGCUGGUGAUUAUGAUAAAUUUUCUCAUAUGAUGAACAACAAUGGUAGCAAUAGCGGAGGCUCACAACAGUAUAAGAGUUCAUCUUAUCCCAACUUUAUUAACAAUCAGCAACAACAAGGAAAGCAUCAACAUCAUAACAUUAUACAAUUACCGCAGCAACAACAGCAGCAACAACAACAACAGCAGCAGCAGCAGCAACUGCAACCUAAUAUUAUAACACAACAUUUACCAUUUGCGCCAUUGCCCAUACAUCAACAUCAACAACAACAGCAACAGCAACACCCACAACACCAGCAGCAUCAUCGUAGAUCGCUGAAUAACUUAAUAAUGGUAUCUGGCGGUCCUCAACAACCGCAAAAGAUGAUUUUUAAACCAGGUCAAGGCAUUGUGCCCGCCGGUCCAUCAUCCUUGGAAAAUCAAAUGCGUCGAACUAGUCUCACAACAACAACAACAACCAUCAAUAAUCAAUGCAACAGCAGUAAUGCCAAUUUAAUUCCAACAUUUGCAACUAAUAUCGGCAAUUUAGGCGGAAAGCCCGAAACAACACAGCAAACAACACAGCAAAGUGUGGCUGCUCAAUCACCACAUCAACAGCAGCAGCAGUCGCAGCAACAACAACAGCUGCAACAACAGCAAACAAAUAAUCCAAUGUCUGGCGUUGUAAUGAAUAAUAAUUAUUCGAAGUAUGACGAACAUUUCACACUAUUCUAAAAAAUACAUACAUUGAGAUCUUUUGCAAGCAAACAGCAGACACAUGGAACAACUCCCUCUCUCUCUCGCUACACAGUAACUUUGCACUUAUGUGAUUACAUGGGUCGAUCACAUACAAAUUUGAAAUCUUGAACGUGUAUAAAUAUGAUUUGUGUGAUACUUAGUUUUCAAUGUAAUUGUGGGAACACUGCUACUGGAUAAGGAAAGCGAAGAGAGCGAAAGAAAAAUAUCUGCUAAAAAUGUUAAAAAGUAAUUAGGAAAAAAUGCAUCGCGACAAUGAGACUGACUAAAAUUACUUUCUGGUACUAAGAAUUAAAUGAUUAAAAUGCCUAUGAAAAUGCUGACGCUCAAUUGUUGACGCCUAUAUUCAAAUAAAUGAAUUAAGCAGAGUGAAUGCUGCCUGAACAGACAGUAUGCCAUCAAAACAUUCAGGCCAGCAUAUCUCUCUGGUACGGAACGUAAUUGCUGAAUUUAAUUUUAACUUAUAAUAAUAUAAAAUGUGAAAUAUUCAAAAAUAUUUUACAAAAAAAAAAAAAAAAAAAAAAACAAAGAAAAGGAAAAUGUUUAAUGGAAUGAGACUCUUUAAAAAAUAUUUUGACUAAGCAAGAAACACUGUGCAAAAGCUGAACUUUCAUUCAAAAUUCAAUGCGUAUGCGCGCAUAUAUGUAAGCGCGUUACGUAUGUAAUUCGUAUCGUAACGUAUCGUAUAUUGUAUAUAAGAUAUAUAGAAUAGUUUUAAAACCAAAAUAUAUAUAGUCAGAAGAGUUUUUUUUUGUGGCCAACUUGCGCGCAGCAAUCGACAUACGAGUAUGUAAAACGUAUGUAUGUAUGCAUGUAUAUUGUAUCUACCGAGUUUGUCGUUAUAAUGUGUGUAAUGUUAAAUGUGUUAUGCUGGAGCCGAUAGCGAGUUGAUGCUCAAGCAAUUAAUAUAAAUGCUGCUGCAAGUUGGGUCACAUAUAAAUACACAUACAUACAUGCUUACAUACAUACAUACUUGUACUUUAUAUAAUAGAUAUGUUGUUGUUUUAUUUUAUUCUUUUAAUUUACUUUUAUUUGUAAUAUCAAACUAUUUAAUAUUAUGCUCACAUACAUAUUUUAUUUUCAUUUUCUCUCUGCAUAUAUUUGUAGUUUUAAAAAUCCACAUACAUAGUAAACUAUGUACAUAUAAGCGCAUGUGUUGUACGAAAAAAAAAUGUGAACAAUUAUGCCCAAUUAAUUAACAGCACACACAACGAGUGCACUUUUAUUUAAGCCAAUUGCGCCAUGCACAUCCAUAGAUAUGUAUGUAUGUGCGAGCGAAUUUGUAGGGUUGUCUGUAGGUUUCUGUAAAUAGAAUUGAGAAAGUUUUACUGCUUAUUUUAAAUACAAUUGCAUCAUACAUACGUACAUACAUAUUUAAUAAAUAAGUAAAUUAGCACUAUGUAGAAGUCAAUUGAUUUGAGUUCGCUAAAUAUACAAACAAACAUGCAUAUAAAUUAUACAGAAGCAGAAUUGAACAGAAGUUGUGGUCGGCAUCUUCACAUUAUAGCAAAUUUUUAUUAUUAUUAUUAUUAUUAUUAUUUGUAAAUGUAUGUUAGACAAAUUUUACUAUAUUUUAUCAUACGCAUUCGGUCAGUUUCAAAUUAUGUAAGGCAAGAAAAAACAGAUAUUUUGUGUUAGCGGUAUUUAACUAUAUUUAUUUACAAACAAACAUACAUAUGUUGUUGGUAUAAAGCCCAUUAAGCGCAAAGCAGGACGACGAUUGCACAGGUGCUGAGGCUUCUAUGUAAUUACGAGCAAUUGGCAUGUGUGUUGAUAAAGAAAACAAAAAAAAAAAAAUCAAUCAUUCAGGUAUUUAUUGUUAGUUAAUUUGCUGGUUUAUUUAUUUGUGAAACUGUAUUUUAUAUAUACUAAAUAAGAAAAGAUUUAAAAGUAACUAACGAAAAACGAAUCUUAUAUCUUUGUGUAGUACAAUAACAAAAUUAAAAAGGUAUAUCUAAUGUCUACAUAAAUAAAAUCUGUUUGGAUAA